UCCACCAUGUCGGAUAGCGACUUCGGGGAGGACGACAGCGCCACAUCGCCAGAUCCCUCGCAGGCCAGCAAAAGGAAGAGAAGGGGCAACCUCCCGAAGGAGUCCGUGAAGAUCCUGCGGGACUGGCUGUACGAGCACCGCUUCAAUGCCUACCCCUCGGAGCAGGAGAAGCUCAGCCUCUCGGGGCAGACCAGCCUCUCCGUGCUGCAGAUCUGCAACUGGUUCAUCAACGCCCGCCGGCGGCUGCUGCCCGACAUGCUGCGCAAGGACGGGAAGGACCCCAACCAGUUCACCAUCUCCCGCCGCGGGGGCAAGGCCGGGGACGUGGUGCUGCCGCGGGGCACCGCCGCCGGCUCCGGGGUGCUGGUGGUGCCUCCCGUGCCGGCCGCCGGGGCCUCCAAGGUGCUGUCGAUGUCCGUGUGCCCGCAGGUACUGUGCCACCCGGUGCGGGCGCUGGGCAGCGGCCUGCUGGUGAGCGCCCAGGGCGGCCCCGACUGGGAGCAGCCUCCCGGGCCGCGGCCGGCGGAGCCGGAGCCUGCCCCCCGCGGCGCCCCGGGCGGCACGGCGGCGCUGCUGGCGCGGGCCGAGGCCGCCAGCCCCACCAGCGGACUCUUCAACACGCCGCCCCCUACGCCCCCCGAGCUCUGCGGCGACGACUUCAGCGGCUUCCAGCUGCUGGUGGAGGUGGCCCUGCAGCGGGCGGCGGAGCUGGAGUCGCAGCGCCGCGGCGGGCAGCUGCCCCUCGGCACCCGUGCCCAGCCCCCCGCCGCCUCCGCCGCCAAAUAA